GUCUUCUUGCACAACAAAAAUGGCGGCGCCCUGCACAUACGUGACGAGGUCGGCUUCAAGAGUUUUCUGUCAGUUGUUGUCACGGCAGUGGAUACUUACGACUGGACAGCUAUCCACACCCUCGUGUCUUAAUUUGUACGAAUCGAGUCACAGGAGACGUCUACAUUGCAGUCAAACUCCAGCUUUCGCCAAUAUAAAUGUGGAAUCGCAAAAGGAAGGAUUCUCAAACAAGGCAACAGGAGAGAAGAAAACUGAGUCGAAAACAAAGGCAGAAGAAGAAGAGGAGGAAGAAGAUGAUGGGCCAGAGUACAUCCCAAAAAGGAAGGCUAAAAACCCCAUGCUGAAGAUAGGAUAUGCCUGGAUGAUCGGGUUGCCCACCGGGAUCAUCGGUUUCAUCCUGGCCAAACGAGAAGUCGACAAGAACCGCCUUAAACAGCUGAGGAUACGACAGAGGAUGAAGAGGGCCAACGAGGGGGGAGAGUACGAGAGUAGCCGCUACCGAAACGUUUCAAGUGGAGUGGAGUGAAAAACUAUAAAGAAAAGAAAAGCCAAGCCUGCCCCCAGAGCCAUCUAAUAGGAGAGUUGUGACAACUGGAGAAUCUGGAAGUAGAUUUGCCACUUGCUUCAAUCUAGAUUGAAAUAGUGCCUGGAAGCGGCUGCAUAAGCCAAAAUAAAGGAGCAACGGACUAAAUUUAUGGGUAAUUACCAACAGAUAUACAAUUCAUCAAAAUUCGCUGGCAUUAUGUAAAUCUGCGAAAUGAGACCCAUUUUAGGAUAUGGGUUCCACUACACCCUGCUGUGGAAGCCACAUCCUGGCACUAAUAGAGCAGGUAUGAGAGCACCAUGAGCAACACUGAGCUGUAGAAAAAAAACCAGAACACAGCAGUCAGUGGGAUCAGCCUGACUCUCCUAUAGGCCUAUUACAGUAGAUGGCUCUUGCCUGCUCCUCUUAGUCCUAUUAGAUGGCUCUGUUCUGUCCCAUUAAUGAAAUGUCAGGAUGUGCACCAACGGAAGCAGCACAGCUGCUACUGUAAUAAUAUGUAAAUACAGAACAUGUUUGAAAUAUGGGGAAAGGGAUCAGUUUCCAUGACUGAGGUGUAAAUGGCUGAAAGAUAAGUAAAUUAUGAGUGACCUUCCCCCUGCCCAGAUGGCCUUGAAGUUGUAGUGGACAAUGCCAUACUAUGUGGAAUAUUUUUCAAUGAGAAAAAUUGAAUCUGUAUAUAAGUGUAUUAUUAUAUUGAAUGGUGUAAAUGCUUCACGAAUAAGGUGUGUUAAUAAAGCACCAUCGACUGUUUAAAACAGAAGUAUUUUCUUUAUUAACAAAGAUACAGUGGAAAACAGCAGCUUCUCUUAAGCACACACACAAAGUAAUUUCAGUUUUCUACAAUUUUCUUCUGUUACUACAGAUGUCCAAUUACAAAAAUUAGGCAUUUGCUAAAUUCUUGUUCCUAAAGCAUAGGUGUACUAAUGAAAAAAAAGCUUAAAAAGGUACACUGUGCAGGAAAUGGUCAAAAAGGGUACUGCAACUACCGUAUGCUUCUCAUUGAAACUGGGCUGCCUAUUGUCAAAUUUGAUCUUUACAUGAACGUUUACUAAGUAAUAAACAAAUAUUUCCUAGUAUGAUCCAAGUACAGUCAUUUUUGCAGCUAAAAAUGGCUAUUUUUGGAAAUUCAAAAUGGCGAACCAUGGAGAAGAUCCCCCUUUUCAUGUAUGAAAAGUGCAAUUUUUCCAGUCAUAAUGAAUACUUAGAAUUUGAUGGUCGUGGUAAGUAUUCAUGAAAAAGGUAACAUUAGUGAAUGGGCAGCAUGAAUUCUGGAAAUAAACAACUAAAAAUCUCACACAGUGUACCUUU